CUUGCAGAUUCACUCGUGCCCUUGGAGAUUAAGCCUGGUAUUUCCUUAGCAACAGUUUCUGCUGUGCUGCAUACUAAAGACAACAAGCAUGUGCUGCAGCUCCCUCCAAAACCUCCCCAACCUCCUGCCAGCAAGAAGAGGAAGCGAGUGAGUGAUGAUGUGCCAGAGUGUAAAUCUUUGAAGCCAUUGCUGAGUGGCUCCAUCCCUGUGGACCAGUUUGUGCAGACUCUGGAGAAGCAUGGAUUCAAUGACGUGAAGGUGGAGGACACAGCCAAGGGCCACAUUGUCCUUCUCCAGGAGGCAGAAACCCUUAUCCAGAUUGAGGAGGACUCCACACACAUCAUCUGUGACAACGAUGAACCUCUGAGGGUGAAACUGCGUGACUUGGUCCUCAAGUUUCUGCAGAAGUUUUAGGCCAUGGACAUCACUCUGCUCGUCAAGGAGAGACCCAGAGCACCAGAACUAGGAGCUCUCCAGGG